GGGAGAGGUGACACACAGCUCUGUCCUCGGUGCCAGACUAAACCAUGCUCACCAUGCUGCAGAUGUGGACGCUCCUCACGCUGGCACUCUUCCUCCUCACAUCUGUUCAAGGUAAAGGAGUCCAGAUGCAGAGGGAUGUGCAGUGCUGCAUGUUGUACUCCCAGGGUAAGGUGCGGACCAAAGAUGUGCUGCGGUUCGAGGUGCAGACAGAGGGGCCAGACUGCAACAUACAAGCCAUCAUUCUCUACACAAAGAAGGCAGUUAAAUGUGCUGAUCCCAGAGACCGUAAAGUGAAGAGGCUGCUCCGGAAACUGAUGCUGAGACAGAGGACCAAGGCCCAUCGAACCAUGUGGCUGCUCCCUCGUGACAACCUGCCUGUUAUGACAGAGGAGAAUAACUGGGCUGGUCUCAAUGUGGAGUGAAGGAACAAAGAAAAGUGGACCUAUAUAGUCAUAAGCCAAGUAAACUGUCAGCGGCUCGUCAUCCUUACCCAGCGGGCUUUGGCUGACCCUCCAGUUGUAUUGUGUCAAUCUACUCUCUCCAUCUUCCUGGGAUCAGACCUGGGCAGCAAUAGCAUAUUUAAAAACGAUAUACAUAUUUGUACAUGGACUGCGCUUUCUAUCCAAAUCAUGUGGCUGUACCUCCACAUUAGAGUGAUGUAAGUUUGACAUAUGGCGUAUACUGUUAUUUGCCAGUUGUUCUGGGAGUGACUGUUAUAGCUGAUGUAUACUACUCUAUGAUUCAUUGUGAUUGACAAUAUAUUUUAUGUCAGUAAUGUGUAAAGACACCGUACACAGUGUUUUGGAGAUAUUCUGUCUCUGUAAUGAUUUGCACCUAUUUUUGUACAAUCUUUCUUCUUUAGUUAAGGCUGAUACAUGACUGUUCAGUGGGUGAUAAUGGACAAUAGUCUUCACCUGCUUCUCUGAGUUUCUUGGACUGUUUGUAAAACAUACAUCUGCAAAGCAUUGUAAUCAUAAAGCCCUCAUCUCAGGCUUCUACUGCAGAUUUCAACAUUACAAUAGUCAGAGAAUAAACUAUGCCAAAGUUUAAAUAAUCUGAUUCACAAAACGACCUGGCUUUUCAAACCAAGAGGGCUUAAAUGUGUGUCUGACACACUGUUGUUG